AUGUGGCCGAACAGCCUCGGCGGUACUUCCGGCUGCAGCGGGGGCGCCGGCGCCACCGAUCUCGGGGGCCUCGCCGCCUCCACCACCUCGGCCUCCGAUAUGUUCGGGCCCGCCGCUUUCGGGGCGUCCGCGGCCGGGCCCUACGGCGCCCUCAAGACCAACCCUUACGUCAGCGCCCUCGGCAUGCCGCCGAUCGAGGCGCUCCACUCCACCAUCGGCUACCCUGGUUGUACUCCCGCCGGUGAGUCCUACUACUGUAAUCCAAGGAAGCAACGAAGGGAACGGACCACGUUCACCCGGGCGCAGUUGGACGUUCUCGAGGGACUGUUCUCGAAGACCAAGUAUCCCGACAUUUUCAUGCGGGAGGAAGUAGCGAUGAAGAUCAACCUACCAGAGUCGAGAGUGCAGGUGUGGUUCAAAAAUCGCAGAGCCAAAUGCAGACAGCAACAGAAGCAGCAGCAGCAACAACAGGACAAAGCACCGCGGUCGAAAAAACCCUCGGGGAAUCCGAGCAACAAUCCGCCCUCUGGAAAGAGUCCUUCGAUUGCUACCACGCCCACGCCUGCUGCGGCGGUGCCUGCCACAACACCUCUAAGCGGAGGCACAGGUGGUUCAGCGGCCAGUUCCCCGGCUCUCCUGAGGGAUUCUCCGCAGUACAAACCAGCAGGAAGCGCGACUAGUUUGCUCUUGGCUGCCAGUACAACCCCGCCGAGCUUAGGGGGCACGGUGUACAGCAGCGGUGGCAGUAGCAGUAGUAUCUGGAGUCCGGCUGUCACGGAGAGCGGCGGCGGAGUACCCGGUGACCAUCAGAGGUUAGCGUGGACAACAACCACUUCCCAACAGCAGUGCUACCAAAAUUAUUCUUCUUACUACACGAACAUGGACUAUCUCUCGCCCGCCAUGCAUCAGCUGAAUAUCGUGGAAGGUGGAGGAAGCGGUUUAGACAAUACCUGGAGUAAAACGAGGGACGAGAGCACUUCGUCCUGGUUUUACAACAGCGCCGGAUGGGGCGACCGAAAGUGAAUCGCAGUGUCGCCGGUUGAUGGAAACGUCAAGGCUUCGGUACAUAUCAUCGACAAUAGCUAAGCGGACUCGAUGGAAGUCGAUGGCAGUCGCUGUUUAUUACGACGCGAAACGCGGCCAAAGACAGUCCUCUUAAUGUUAGACAUAUCGUUGAAUCACCACCGCUGGGCCUCGGAAUUUUUGUCGCACGACAAACGUUGUAUCGCGAGUGCCAUAUACCCGUUCCCUUACGUUCGAUGGAAUCACGUGGCGAAAUUUGAAUCGAUGUAUCGAUUUCGAGAGUACGAACGAGGCAACUGGUCGCGACGCGAUCAAGAUCGAUGGUGCGGCGAGCGAGGUAUUUCGAGGUUAACCGUUUAAUACUAGCCUAUUUUAACCUACCUUUCGAUUUACCCAGAUUCAAGUUUCGUAAAUUUUACGUUCGAUUUAUCGUUCCUUUACGUUGAAAUGUGCAAUCCGGUAAUAAUUCUCUCGAGUCCAAGUAUGGUAUCAUUUUCCUUCGUUGUACGAUCGCUUGUUGUUAACCUAGUCAUCUCGAUUGUAAAGAUGGACGAAGAUAUUUUGAACGAGAAAGGGAGAGCGAGAGAGAGAGCGAGGGAGGGAGGAACCGUAUUGGCGGGAAGUGAAGCGAUCACGUGAUUUCGUGUUUUAUUCCCGUUUGCAAUCAGUGUUAUAUACAUGUGAUACCGUUUACAUGCGAGUGAACGCGCAUUUGACGAACGUAUUCCGUAAUGGUUCCGCGAGAGGUUCGCUGAAUCUUUUGGUGUCAGAGUGAAAUCCGGUGUAUAUAAUAUAAAUAGCCUUUUGCGCCGUUCAGAGGAAUCGACGUAGUUAGUUAGAAUUUUGCAGGAAGCAACGACAGAAUAAGAUAGACCCUUCGUUAUCUUCUUCGAAAAGUUUCUCGUCGAAAGUUAUGUACGUGUAUGUAUGUACGUGUACGAGCACCAUGACGUAUACUAUGUACAUAAAUUAUAUAUAUAUAUAUACACGUGGGAACGCCGAUCGUCUGUGUACAUAUGUACCAUUUUUCCAAAACGUGAAGAAUUACGAACUGAUAGGAUAUUCGAGGAAGGUCGUGAUUAUCCGAAAGUUACUAUUUUCAUUCCGGUAUCCAUAAUAAAUCGCUAUGGCGUGGUUUCGAUUCGUUUCGACCUUGAAUGUUAUGCUAUGUAAAUAAACAAAUUCGCGACGUGCUCGUGACGGAGUGCCAGUGGGAAUUUAUAUUUUCAAUUGUUCCAUCCUUUACGUCAAGAUCGACGCACGAUAAGCGAGAGUUACGUCGCUCGUCUUACGACAGCCCCACAAACGCGAAGGUCGGUGCAUACGUAACAGAGGAAUCGAGACGAAGCGAGGAAAUCGAUACGUAAAGUGACAAAAAAAGUAUAUAGUAAACGUAGGGAUGUAAGUAACAUGAUCGUUUAGAUUGUUCUUAUAAAUAUUACCGAUAACGAUACUACGAUUACCGAGGGAGACAAC